AUGCAGCUCGGCCAGGCCGCGGGCUCCGCAUGCCUGAGCUUCCUCAUCACCAACAUCGACGACGCCUUUGUGCUCAUCACCUUCUUCGCAGAGUCUGCAUCGCGCGACUCCUCCUUGACCCCCUGGAAGAUAGUCGUCGGCCACCGAUUGGCUUUCUCGGCCUGCUCCCCAUUCUCCUCGGGCUUUCUCCUCGGGCUGUGGAAAUUCUUUGAGCUCGUUCUCCCCAUCCCGGACGCCGGCGAUGGCGAGGACAGCGAGGACAGCAAGCUCUUCCGUGCACGCGGGCUCCGCGCAGUUGCCAAGGUUGCCAGCAUCACGCUCAUCAACGGCGGCGACAACAUCGGCACGUAUAUCCCGCUGUUCUCGCAGGUCGAGCGCGUCGGGAUUGCCGUCUACGCGGUGGUGUACUACGUCUUGCUCGGUGUCUGGUGUCUUUGCGCCUGGCUUCUCAUCCGGCAGCGGCACGUGGCACGGCUCGCGGAGAAGUACGUAGGUGUGCUCGUCCCGUUUCUGUACGUCGGUCUCGGGAUAUACAUUGUCGUACAAUCCGACGCGUACCCGUGGUUGAUUGAGCGCAUUGACAAUGAAGUACCGGACGCGCGGCCAGGGAGGGCGAUCCUUGCGAGCGUGACGGUCUUCUUGAUCCUUGUAUGCGUUGUAGCCAUGGCGCUUCUCAACAGAUCGAGACGGAUAAAAGCCGCGUUGGCUGCGCAGCCUGCUCUCGAACCAGAAGCAGAUAUCCGCCCGGAGAUGGUGCCGGGGACGGCACACGACAAGUCUACAUCGUCACAAGAGACGGCGCAUGUCAGUAGCAGACCAGGUCAGAGCAACCAGAAUGGCUCCUGA